UGAGAGAUUUGGAAAAGGACUGGAGGAUGCAGAGCGGGUCUUUAGCGAUUUGAAUCGAUGGGAUUCAGCUGUCUGCAAUUCCAUGAUUUCAAGUUAUGAGGGGAACGGUCUUGGGGAGAAUGCAGCACAACUUUUUGUGUUGAUGUUGAGAGAAAACAUCAGGCCUACUGAAUUCACAUUCAGCAGUGUUCUUAGCUGUUUAUCGGGCUCUCUUCCACCAGAUCAGGGGAGUCAAAUCCAUUCUUUAAUUGUUAGAACAGGUAUGGAUUCAGAUUCAAUAGUUGCUAGCUCACUUGUGCAAAUGUAUUCUAGUGUUGGAAUGAUUGACUAUGCUAUGAAAAUUUUUGUCAAUUUGGUUGAAAAAGAUUUGGUGUCUUGGAACACCAUAAUAUUUGGACUGACCUACAAUGGCCGCGUAUUUAAGGCCCUGGACAUUUUUAAGGCACUAAUUGACAAGGGUCCACUAGCAGAUCGUAUAACAUUAACUGGGGUUCUGCUAGCUUGCAACUAUGGAAAUCUCGUUGAUGAGGGAAUGAGAAUAUUCUCAUCUAUGGAGAAGGAAUAUGGGAUUUUACCGGGGGAUGAGCAUUAUGUUUGUGUAGUGGAUAUGUUGAGUCAAGCAGGAAAGCUCAAAGCAGCAAUGGAUGUUAUAGCAUCAAUGCCAUAUGAACUGAGUUUUGCACUAUGGAGAUCGGUUCUUCGUGGUUGUGCCGUUCACGGAGACUUGAAGCUUGCGGAAAGCGUAGCAGAAAGGAUGAUGGAGUUGGAGCCAAAGUCGUCUCUGCCUUAUUUAGCGUUGGCUCGGGAAUACGAAAUGAGAGGCAGAUGGGAAAGCGUGAUACGAGUCAGGAAUGCCAUGAAACGUAGAUGUGCGGACAUUGAGUUGGUUGAAUGUAGUUGGAUUGGGUUAAGAAACCAAGUCUAUGCUUUUGAGGCAGAUCAAUUGGUACAUCAUGGAGGUAGAGACAUUUACACGGUGUUGAAAUUGCUGUUUUGGGAAAUGAAGAUGGAAGGUUAUGUAUGAACAGUUCAAAAUAGUGGAGGACAUGAAUAGAGGAAAAUACAGGAAAUC